UCUGUUUGCAAAGCGAAAGCUACGUUGCCAAAAAAAUGCAGGAGAAAAGUCCUGCUGCCAGCAUGCGGUAGCUAAAUUAUUUGAUGCUUCAGCGAAAUUCUUGCGAAGCGACUAUAUAGAACGCGGGAGUGACGCUGUGGCAAGGCAUUCAAUUUAUCAGUGAUUUUUAAUUGUAAAAGAAAUUUAUUAACAAUGGAAGAAUCUUGGAUGCUGUGGCUCCUUUCCCUGGUUAUGUUGGUUGGUUCUUAUCUUGCAGGAUAUUUACCACUUGUUAUGAAUCUUUCUGAGGAUAAGUUACAACUGGUUUCAGUUCUUGGUGCUGGACUUCUUGUUGGCACAGCGUUAGCUGUUAUUAUACCAGAAGGUGUACGAGCUUUAUUCAGUGGUGCAAAUGCUGGUGACAGCCAUGACUCUCACAAUGAUCUUCACAGUUUGAUAGGUAUAAGUCUGGUAUUGGGCUUUGUUUUUAUGCUUCUGGUGGAUCAGUGCUCAGCCAAAAGGAGUGGUGGCAAAGAAAGAAGUGUCACAGCAACAUUAGGGUUAGUAGUUCAUGCUGCAGCUGAUGGGGUAGCCUUAGGUGCAGCUGCAACCACUUCUCAAGCUGAUGUAGAAGUAAUAGUGUUCUUAGCUAUAAUGUUACAUAAGGCCCCUGCUGCAUUUGGACUGGUAUCUUUCUUACUCCAUGAAGGAGUAGAUAAAAAGCGUAUAGGGAGACAUUUAUUAGUAUUUUCUUUAUCUGCUCCCUGUCUUGCUCUUAUUACAUAUUUUGGCAUUGGAAAGGAGGGUAAGGAAACGCUCAGUAAUGUCAACGCAACCGGACUAGCAAUGCUAUUUAGUGCGGGCACAUUUUUGUAUGUUGCUACUGUACAUGUUUUGCCAGAACUAAUGGCGAGAGGAAGUUCCUCUUAUUCACAUUUACCAACAACAGAGGGGGCACCUCCACCUUCUUCCGGCCUUAAAUUUAAAGAAUUAGUAGCACUUGUUAUUGGUUCGUUUUUACCUGCACUCAUCACCACCGGCCAUCAUCAUUGACACACAUUAGAUGGCGUCUUAACGGCACAAAAUAUAGUUACUUAUUUUGUACCUUGCAACAAACUUCUUGGCCGUUAUCGCUACAUGCAUAUUUAUUGUUCAAUUGAAGAAUAUAAUUUUGGCGAGUUUCCUAUCAAUUUUUGAGAUUUGUGUUCAGACGCGCAUUUACAAGACAUUGUUGUUCAAUCAAAAGAUAUCCAUUAUAUUGUUUAUAUACUUUUUAAUUUGACAUUACCUCAACCGAAUCAUAUAGAAUGAACAUUUAUAUUAUAUCUUUCAUAUUGUUUAUUGUAAAGGAAAGUACAUAUAUGAACUACAUCGGCAGUCCUGAAAACUAGUUCGUUUGGCUUAUGAUGAGCUAUUUGCAAUGUCGUAAAAGACUACUAGUUCCUUUUAUAACGAAUUUUAUAGAUGUACAAAUCGAGUUGUUGAAAAAUCCAAUAUUUACCUUUACUAUGGAAUUGUAAAUACCUUUAGCGCAUAUUCUGAAAUUGGAGUUUAUACAGGGACCCAUGAAAGUCUUUUAACAGCGAAUUAUACUAAUUGUUUAAAAAGAUGUGUAAAAUCUCUUUUAACCAUAUGAACUAAAUUUUUCUAACACUUUAAUACGACGACCUAUACACUUAACGGUGUUAAAAGACAGAAAGACUAUAGAAUUUUUUUAUAGUGUAUUACAACUUGAGUUUACAAAUAUAAUAAUUUAAUCGGAAAAAUGAUAAUUGCGGUGACUUGUACCAUACUGGAUUUGAAAAUAAUUGUUAUGGCGCUCCUGCGUUUAUGUAAUUUUUUUUAACGAAAAGAUUUAUGCAAGGUACAUAUUUAUAAAUUUAAUUGUUAAAAAAGAUACUAUAAUACAAUACAUUAUAUUCUGUAUAUUUUGUUAAACAAGUACUUCGCGAUAAUAUGAGAAAAUGCAAUAAAUCAUAUUUGUAAUAAA